AUGGCAAUGUUUGUCGCCUUGGAUUGUCGAAGUUGCAGCAAUAUAGGGUUGUUUAGAGCAUCUUUGCAAGUGCUUGCAAAGAGUCUUGGAGGCGGUACUGGAUCAGACAAGGAGGAACCAGAGCUUAACAUAAGCGAGGGACUGGUUGGAAUUAGAGUGAGAACAAGCUUAGCAUCUGUCUUACAAUUCUCUUGUGGGUUGGGGUGGAGAUCUCCAAAAAAGGCGGUUGGAACACCAACAAAGAAGUUAUUAGCAGAAGAUAUGUCAAGAGAAUCUGAAUCCAGAAGGUCUCCGAGUGUUAUUGCCAGAUUGAUGGGCCUUGAUGGGCUACCACAGCAGCAAUCUUCUCAUAUGCAUCCAAAGAAAUCCUUGGAGAACUAUACGAUGGUAUUGGCAGAGAAAGCUCAAAGAAACAGAGGCUCAUAUGGUCGGCGGUCAUCCAGAAAAAGCUCCAAGAAUGAGCAAGAAUUUAAAGAUGUAUUUGAAGUUUUAGACGCAUCAAAGAUGGAUAGUAGUAGUUACUCAUCAUGUGGAAAUGGACACUCAGAGAUCACAGCAGCUGAGAUUGCAUUCAUUCAGCAGAAAUUUACGGAUGCUAAACGGCUAUUUACUGAUGAAAAACUUCAGAAUUCAAAGGAAUUUCUUGAUGCUACUGAGAAUCUGGACUCCAACAAGGAUCUUUUGCUGAAAUAUCUUCAGCAGCCAGAUUCUUUGUUCACAAAGCAUCUGCAUGAUUUACAAGGUAUCCCUCCACAAUCCCAUUGUGGCCGGACUCACAUACCAGCUAAGAAGUCAUCAUAUCCUGUACACUGUGGGAGUGGUGGCCUAGGCUGUAAUACUGAGAGAGAAAACCCAUUGAAGAAUCAAAGAAAACCUCAUGUUGAUUCUUAUAGCUACUCUUAUAGUAAACUUGAAGCUCAGAAUCCAGUCAAGUUGUCAAAAGUUCAACUGGAUCAGAAAGACGAAUCCGCCAUUCUCCCUACGAGGAUUGUUGUUCUGAAACCAAAUAUCGGCAAAAUGCAGAAUUCUAAUAAAAAUAGUUCAUCAUCUCAAUCUUCUCAUGCAUCACCUUCAGAUUGUAGGAAACACACUGAACCUCCUAGUAUCAAGAACAAGGAGGUGGUGUCAUGGGGAAAGAAAAGUGUUCCUGAUGAUGCAGGGCCCUCAAGGUAUAAGUCUAGAGAAUCUAGGGAAAUUGCAAGGGAAAUCACCAGGAAAAUGAGAAGAAAUUUCAUAAACAGCUCCAUGAAUUUUUCAACUUCUGGUUUUAGAGGCUAUGUCGGGGAUGACAGUUCAACUGAGAAUGAGUCUGCAAAUGAAUCAGAGGAGAAAGCAGUGAAUUCCAGAAAUUCCAUUGAUUGGAGUAACCGAUGCAGACCUUCAUCAUCGUGCUCUAACGAAUCAUCGUUGAACAGAGAGGCCAGGAAGAGACUCUCAGAGAGGUGGAAACUGACUCAUAAGUCUGUGGACAUGGGAAUUGUUAGUCAGAGCAGCACACUAGGUGAAAUGCUUGCUACCCCCAACUUGGGAACAAGGCUAGGAAAUUCAGAUGUCAUGAUCUCUAAAAAAGUAUUCAGUGAUGAAGUUGAUUGCAAUCAUGAAACAGUUAGGUGGGAUGAACCUUUGGGUAUUAGCAGCAGGGAAGGCUGGAAGGAUGUGGGUACUGGGAAUCUUUUGAGAUCAAGAUCUGUGCUUGCUUCAUCUAAUAUUAUCAGAAGUCCUAGAAUAGACAAGCGCCGUGAAAAUGUUUCCCAUGACAGUUAUAUGAUCCCUAGACAAGUGAUCUGGCAGGAAAGAAACAGAACAAUAAAAAGAAAUUUCAGUAAGAGAGAAUGUUCUUCUUCUAGAAAUUCCAGAUCUCGUUCUAAGAAAUCUCACAUGUCUAGCUGCUCGUAUAGAUAUCACGGUGAGACUUCCUUGGAUAUUAAUUUUGGCCAGGAUCAAGUGCAGAGUGACAUUGCAGAAUAUGAUUCACUGGAACAAAUUUGUACAGUUUCAGAGACACCAGCUUCUAUUGUCACAGACACAGGCUUAGUUUUUGAAAAUAUGGUGGAUGUGGUAAUUGAGAACAAAGCCAUGCAAUCUAAGCCUAUGGACCGAGAAUCAUCAACUUAUAUGUUGGUAGAAGGCAAUUCCUCUGCUAGUGAUCAAGUUUCAAGCUCAAAGGAACCAUCAAAUGGGCCAUCUAAGAAAGGUUCAAUUCCCAUGCGGCACCCUGUAGCUGAAGUAGAAACUCCAGCAAGCUCGAAGGAGGCUGAUCAGCCCAGUCCAGUCUCAGUUCUUGAAACUCCUUUUCCAGAUGACCUGUCAUCUGGUUCUGAGUGCUUUGAGGGUCUCAGCGCCGACCUGAAUGGACUUCGGAUGCAGCUUCAACUUCUUAGGUUGGAGUCGGAAGCAUACGAGGAAGGACACAUGCUCAUCUCUGGUGAUGAAGUUGUCGAGGAGGGAUCUGUUGGAUUUACAGAAGCAGCACAAGUAGCUGAGGAGAGCAGUGAAUUUUCCUACAUAGCAGAUGUAUUGGUGGACUCCGGUAUUAAUGAUGUCGACCCUGAUACAUUCCUGAGAACAUUGCACUCCCCAGAAUGCCCAGUCAAACCAUUGAUCUUUGAAGAAGUCGAGAAGAAGUACUGUAAUCAUGCAAGUUGGCCAAGGUCUGAAAGAAGGCUGCUGUUUGACCGUCUAAAUCUUGCUCUUCUGGUGAUUUACCGGCAAUAUGCAAAUUCACACCCUUGGGUAAGGUCUGCAACUAUGAUUCGUCCCAAGUGGAUAAAACAUGGACUCAGGGAUAGGCUGUGCAAAUUGGUUGCUAGCCAUGAUAAGAGAGCUAACGAGGACAUUGCAGCAGAAAAAAUACUGGAAAUGGAAUCGCAGUGGUUGGAUUUGAGGGAGGAAGUUGAUAUUAUAGGUAGGGAAAUUGAGAGGCUACUGACAGAAGAGCUGGUAACAGAGCUAUUUAGUAGCAGUGUAGAGAUGGAUUUUGCACGAGUUCCUUGAGAUAAUUUAGGAGGUAAGAUAUAUAUACUACAGAAAUGUAGGGAAAAAAAUCCAUUAUUAUUAUUA